GGCAUGAAGAUCAGUGUGUGUGUGAACACUGAGGGAGGAGGAGGUUGUUUUAACCACUGCUGCCUCGUCUGCUGCUCUUAUUCCUCACUCUGUGGUUCAUAUCUGUCAGGAUGAGAGUGUUACUGCUGGUGGUAGCUGCCAUGGUGGGUGUGGCCCGUGCGGGUACCUGCCCCAAGUACCCCAUCAUUAGGGACUUCGACUUUCAUAGGUACAUGGGUUUAUGGUACCAGCAAGAUAAGCUACAAGCAUCAUGGGAAGCUCCCGGCCGCUGCUGGAAGACACUUUACGCCAGAGAUCACAAGAAUGGACAGUUUAAGAUGAAAAUGAUCUUCA